CUUCAGGUCGUCGGUGGACCCUGCGGCUACCAUGGCUCGUACACCUUCUACAAGGGUCUCAAAGUGUCGUUCGGGUCGUCGCACGGAGCGGAACCCGGAGCGGCCUGCGAGAGCAACAGUACUGCCACCAGCACUACCUCCAGCAAUGGCACUGCUUCUUCCGUCGACAUUCCUAGUAGUGGUGGUUGUGGUGGUGGUGGCGGCGAUGGCACAGAACCGGAAAAGCCUUCCGAACGGACACAACACCACCAGCGGGAGGAUAAGGGGUCGCCACAGCAGACCGAAGGUGCUGCGGCUGGCGACAACAACAACGGUGUUAUCAGUAGUAAUGCGGACGCCGCCGUCGGCAGCAAUGUUAGUGUUAGUAACGGGAAAGACGGCGGUAGUGGUGUAAGUGACAAUAGCAGCAGUAGUGCGUGUGUGAACGGGAGUGGCAAUAGUAGCAGUAAUAGUAGUAAUAGUAGCAGUAAUAGCAAUAGUAUUAGUAGUAGCAGCGGCAAAAGUCAAAAUGGCAAUCAAAUGCCAAAAGUGAAACAGAUGCAACGAAAAUGUGUUACCGAAGCGUCGGGUGGCGGCGGCGGCGGCAGUGGCAGUGGUGGCACCGGUGGUGGUGGUGGUGGUGGUGCUGCUGCCAACGGCACCCGCGGAGGCAGCAUUAACAAUAACCUGUGCGGGGGCAUGAUGGCCCCGGCAUCGGUCGAUCGAGAAAAUCUACAACCGCUGGUGCUGGCACUCGGCGACUGCAUUCCGGUCCGCCCGUGGUCCGACUCACCGAUAGCGUGCCUGGCCGAGUUGCGGAUGGUGUGGCGGGACCGGAACGAGCAGUGCCUGCUGAUAGCCCUGCGGCUCUACUUCCUGCCGGAAAACACACCGCUCGGCCGCAACUGUCACGGCGAGGACGAGGUGCUGGCGAUCUCGGACAAGGUGAUACUGCGCGCCGAAGACCUGCUGAACUGGAUCGUCACCGAGCAGGAGUGGACCUGGGGCCUGAAGACGCUGUUCAACGAGGGCAGCGCCAAGGACUGUCUCCUGACGACGCGCCAUCUCUGCAAAAACUCAUCCCUCGACUUUGGUGACAUCGACCGGGAGAAGCACUCAGGUGAAAACUUCUCCUCGAAGGUGGCGGUACUGAGCUUCUCGCGGUACUGUCGCUACCGGGCGAUCCUCAAGCGGCUCGAGGGUGUUCAAGAUGACUGGCUACGGAACGUGCUGGUCGAAACACUGGGCGGCUUCGUGGCCCCGUCGCCCAACAUGCGCAUCAUGUUCUGCAAGGAAACGUUCGACUACCCGGAGCUGGAAACGCACGAGCUGCUCUGCAACCACCUGGCGCCGAAGCUGAAGGGGCGACCGCGCGGCAAGCGGAAGAAGACGCUCUCCGACUCGUCGCAGUACACCAAGAAGGAGGGCGCCGGGUCAGACGAGACCGAGUCGAACGAAUCGGACGUAUCGGACUACUCCUACAGCAAGGUAUCGCCCGGAAAGAAGGUGAUCGAUCUGCAGCCGACCCCUCGCUACAAUCCGCGGCCAUCGCGAGGCUCGUCGCAGACGAAACAGGAACCGCUCAGCGUCGUCAUUUCGGCUUCGGCCGGCACCGUCAAGUCGAGCGCGGCCCAUCACAACCACCACCAGCAGCAGUCGCCCGCCGCCAACCACCUUUCGCAGCGCAAUCGUUCCAAAUCGUCCUCGAAAUCGAUCGUCCCGAAACCGCCGCCACCGAAGGCGAAAACGAAAGCGACGGCCACCGCUGGCGGAAAGUCCGGGAAGAAAGCGGUGGCCACGAAGAAUGGUGGUGGCGGCGGAAGAAAGGCGGUGGCCCAGGAGGACUCGGACGAGGAAGAGGAUGAGCCGGACGACGCGGACGGUGAGGGAGAGGAUGAGCGUUCGCCGCCACCACCGCCGCGACGCGGCCCCUCGAAGGGUCGCGAUCGAUUGCUGCUGCUGCGGCGCGGUGCUGCCGGUGACGAGCAUGCGGUUGGUGACGACGACGACGGGCGGGAGGAGGACGAGGAUCAUGACUACGAGGACGAUGACGACGACGAGGAGGAAGAGGACGAUAAUCUGUUCCGGGUGAACGAUCGGAUGGGCAUCACGGAGCGGGAGUUCCUGCAGCGGUUGCAGGAGUUCCUCGACCCGCGGGCCCUCCAGUACGCGGACAGCCAGGCUUCGUCGCUGAAAAACGUGAGCCUGUACGCGGUGUACGCGAAGGUGCAGAAGAUCGGUGGGUACGGUGCGGUCACCGAUAAGGACGUGUGGAACCAGCUGCUGCAGGGGACGGGCGGUGAGAAUGGGGUGCUGAGCCGGCGGAAGUACGAGAAGAUUGUGUUGCCGUUCGAGAAGCACCUCCGCGAGCUGCUGGCGGCGGGCGACGAGGACAGCGGUGCCGAUCGGAGCAUGGUGAAACGGGAGUCGGUGCUGCUGCUGCUCGGGGACGACGGGGAGCUGGAAAGCAAGAUCCGGAUGUUGCGCGACGUGAAGGUGGAGAAACGCGAUCCGGACGAGCGGCAUCAGCCGCCGGCGUCGCGCGUCCUUCACUCCUCCGGUCUCGAUUUCUCCGUCAAGCGCGAGCUGGUGGAGAAGGACGAAGGGCCGCCGGUCGGCAAGGGUAGCCCACCGAAUGUGCACCUCGGCAUGUCGCCCGUGUCCGUGCCGCUGACCGUGAUCGUGCGGCCGAACCUGGACGAGAAGGAUCAGCAAUCGUCGCAGAUACAGAUUAACCAGCCGCACACGACGAUCACCGUGCACCAGACGACGAUCCAUCCGGCGCACAACAACCACCACGGCCACCAUCAUCACGGCCACCAUCAUCACCCGCUGCUGCACCACUCGGGGGCGCAGGGCGUGAACCAUCAGCCGGGCGGCCAACUGAGCGGCCAGAGCCCGCCGCAGCACAUCACCAACCAGAUCCAGAUCACGAACCAGAUCCAGAUCCAGCAGAUUACGGUGCAAUCGAGUGAGAAGGCCAACGGGACGACGGCGGCCGGUGGUGCGAAUGGUCCCGGCACCGGACCCGGUUCCGAUUCCGGGGGGACGCCCCAGUUUAAGUACAGCUUCAAGCAGGACAAAUCGGGCCAGGAGCUUAACAUCGAGCCGGCGGCGAUGGCAGCGAAAUCGGCCACGGCCACCACACCGCUCGGGUCGCCCUCGGAGGCCCACUCGUCGUCCUCCGCCUCGCUCAGUCUGUUCCCGCAGCUCGGCAACCGGCCCGGCACGGAUCCGGAUCUGACCAUCAAGGAGGUGUCGGUGUGUCCGACCAGCGGCACCCUGUCGAUCACCUCCAGCGCCUGCAUUCCGACGUCGGCCGCCAACAGCAGCAGUCUGCAGCCGUCGAGGACGAGCUCGCUGAGGCACGUGCGGAUGAAGAACGAUCGCAAAACGGGUGCGUCCGCAAACGCCGGCGAUCACCAUCACCAUCACCACCGUGGUGGUGGGUUGCUGAUGGACGGAAGCUUCCUGAACUCGGGCCCGGGCCAGAAGGGGGGCGCACCGUACGAGAAGGAAAACAUUCCGCUGCUCGUUGCUGGAUCGGCCAGUCUGUUCGGUGGCCAAAGCCUGACGACGAUCACACCGAUUCCGGCGAAUCUGAUGAUGGCCGGCGGUGGUGGCUAUCUCCCUGGGGGAGGCGGCGCCGCCGCAAUGGGAGGGGGACGGUCCGGAUUUGAGGACCACAUGAAGCAACAGCACGGGGCGGCGUCUUCGAUGAUGCACCCGUCGAUGGUCGGGCCCUCCGCCACGACGGAGGUGAUCGACCUCGUCGAUAGUGACAACGAGAGCGAUCAGUCGCCGACCCAGCAGGCCAGCAGCAGGAAGCAAGCGGGCCAGGCGAUGCGCCCGAUCCCUUCGCUGCUGCCACCGAUGAAGAAGCGCAAGCUGGACAUUUUGCGCGAGGGAGGCCUCGAGGUGACGCCGAUCUCGAACGGCGCUAGCAUCUUCUCGGCCAUCAGCAAAAACGCGCAGCAGCAAGCGGCGCGCGUGGCCCCGAACCCGAUGCGAAUCAACAUUACGGCCGAACUGAACACCGCCGCUCAUCCGGGCGCUGGCCCGGAGCGGCGGCCACCGGAAGGCCGGCGUGAGGCGGCCCGGAAGUGCAUUCCCACGCCCCUCGAGUUCCAGACGCACUGCAUGUACACGCGGACGGGCAAGAUCUUUGGCGACCCGAAAGAAGUGAUGCCCGUACGAGCACCGGCCCCCAUUCCGGAGCUGCUCGAUCUGACCGGCCUGAAGGGAGCGGUGGGGGGCGCUUCGAACCUCUCGUCGAAGGGUCCUCCCGGGGGUCUGGACUUCACUUCCCGGCAGAAUCGGACGGUCGGAGCAACAGCAGCCUCGUCCGCAGCCUCGCGGACAGCUUCCAGUCUGCAGAUCACCCUGGUGUCAUCCGGGCCGCCGAACGGGGCUGCCGGCCCGAGCGCCGUCGGGCUUCCGGCGCCCUCCGUGCCGCCGCUGAUGACACCGCUCAACAUUCCCGUGCCGGUGCCAAGCAGCCAUCAGCAUCACCAGCAGCAGCAGCAGCAUCAGUUCGCGGCGUCCCAAUCCGCGCCCUUCGGCCAUAAGAAACAGAAACCGUACGAAAUUGUGCCAUUGCGAGAAGGCGGCCUGCCGGUGGGUGGUAGCGGCGGUGGCGGUGUUGGGUUGGUGCCACCGUCCAGUUUGAUGCCGAAAGAACCACCGAACCCGCCGAAGGUUACGAUCGGCCCGUCGUCCUCGUCAUCCUCGUCGUCGUCGUCGACGACGACGACCAAUGGAACCACCACCAGCGGCACCCUGCCGCCCGGAGCGCCCUCGUCUAACUCGCUCCUCGAAACGGGGCUCAUGCUGGCGAACCUGCAGAAAGCUAACCCCGUGCUGGUGGCCAGCAUCCUGUCCUCGUCGGGCCUCUCGAAAUCGUCCAUUCCGGGCCUCACGCAGCUGCUCGGCACGCUGGCCGAUCAGCCGCCACUGGCCGCGCCAAAGAAAUCGCAACGACGGCGGUCCAACUCGCAAGCGGCGGCGGCCGCGGCAGCGGCAGCAUCGGCCCUCAACGUUCCUCCUCCUCCGGUGACGGCCGGUGGCCAGAUGGCGCCAUUCUCCAUGCCAGCGCCACCGGCGGGCUCGAUGUUGGGGCCUCCUCCGCCCGGUUCGAUCGGCUCUCCUCAGCUCCACCAUCCGCCGCAGGCCGAUUCACCGACGUCCACCAACUAUCCGCUCAGUCAGCAGAUUAAGCUCCUGCAGCAGGUGCAGCUGCAACAGCAGCAAAAACAGAAGGAACUGUUGGCCCAGUUCCUUCCGCAGCCAUCGCCCCAGCACCUCCAUCAGCAGCAGCAGCAGCAGCUGCAUCAUUCUGGUCAUGUUUCACCCGUGUCACCAUCGCUUCCGACCAGCGGUGCCGGGGCCGGCUCGCCGCUACCCGGCACCCCACCGCUGUCGCAUCCCUCGCCACCGACGCUGUCACUAGCCCCGGUGCAGGUACCGCGACUUCCGCCCGGCGUCGUUGGCCCGUCAGCGGCGGCUGCAGCCGCAGCCGUACUCGCCGGGCUGCCACCGGGAGCGGCCGCGGUGGCCGCAGCCGGCGGCUUCCCGCCACCGUUCGAUCCCCUGUACCUGCAGCUGUACGCCAACUCGGGCCUCUACCUGCAGAGCCUGCCGCCCGAGCAGCUGCUGCAGCUGUACAAGAACCUUCCCCAAGGCAUUCCAAUCACCAAGAGCUAG